AUGUCGAAAUUAAGAAUUCAUAAUUUCUCCUUUGGUAAAGCAGGAAGUAAUUUUCUGACCAAAACAUGGCUGGAUACAUCAUCAAGUCCUCCUCGGAAACAAACUGUACAUUAUUAUUUGAAUGAAAAGUAUUUGAAAAUGGAGGAUCACUCAUGUCAUCAUGAUCCACAAAGGUCAUCAAUAGCCACAUCAUCAUCAACAUUAAAUCCUUCCCAAAGAGAAUAUAACAUCUUUUUUCCAGGAGACAUACAAUUAACACGGAGUGAUUUUAUUAAAUAUUUAAAUUCCGAUUAUCCAUUUGAAGAGGAGGACAUGAAUGAGAAUGCCAACACAAAUCCACAACAACAACACGAUCUCAACAAUACCAGCCACGAAAAUCAUGCUCCAGCAAUUACCGAAGUUUACUAUGAAAAAGUAUUCGAUUUGUUAUAUGAAAAAUUUCCAAAUUCAGUGGCUUAUUUAAUUUUUCAACCAUCACAGUUAGAUUACACAUCCUUGAUAUAUGAAUAUGAAAAUUUUUAUGUGAAAGGAAAUGCAAAUCGACUCGUUUUAGAAAUUCUCAAUGAUUUAUUUCCACAUGAAUAUUUUGGACACGACACGUGUCAAGCAUUUGUUCAUUUAUUGGCCUUCUCGAAAGGAUGUGUGGCAUUGAAUUCCUUAAUUAGUGAGACGACUAAUUUUCAAUGGUAUCUAGAACAAGAAGACGCAGAAUCUUGUAUCACAUUUGAUCACUGGAAGAAUACAUUCAAAUACAGACAUUGGGAUGAGAAUACAAGUCCUCUCGUUCAAAAAUGUUAUCGAGUGCCGCUGUUACAGGAACAUAUUCCACUCUUGAACAAUACCAAUUUCAAGCCAUUGAUGCAACAAGCAGUGAAUUUCUUCAAAAAUCAAGUGAAAACUAUUUAUUAUUUGGAUGGUCAUCGAUUUAUUACCGAUGAAGUCAUAUUACAGAAAUUUUACUCGACUAUUGUCUAUGAAAAGAGUACUAAUAGCAGUAGUGGUUGUAGUACGAAUAGCAGCAAUCCUCUCAUGAUGAUGAUCAAAAUUUAUCAAACUCCACUCGUGGAAGAGAAGAAUAUUUAUCGGAAACAUAUCAAGAUGGAAUCCGAGGGGUUUAUGAAAAUCCUAAAGAGAACAUAUUCACAAUUGAGUCGGAAGAAUCAAACUCCGUGUCCGAAUCUGGUGUAUCAAUAUUAUUAUGGCGAGCUUGAGAAUCGGGUGAAUCCUUUUGUGUUGCAUUUCAAGUUGUUGAAAGAUUUUCAGAUCUAA